CAACCGGCGGCCCCAGCCCGGGUCCGCGGACAGCCUCUGCGAUGAUGUUCCCGAGCCUCAUAGCUCCGCCGCCUGUCUACCCCAACCUGCUGCGGCCGACUCCCACCCUGACCUUGCCUCAGUCGCUGCAGUCGGCUUUUUCUAGCCACUCCAGCUUCCUGGUGGAAGAUCUGAUCCGGAUCAGCAGGCCCGCCAGCUACCUGCCCAGGACUGCCCCUCCGCCUAGCAUGUCCCCGCCGAGCUCGGCGGCCAGGACGGACGCGGGGACGCCGGAGCUCGCCAGCUCCACCCCCGCCGGCACUAGGAGGAUCUGUUCGCCGCAGACUUCCGUCUCUUCCAGCAGCGACUCCACUUUCCUCAAGUUUGGGGUCAACGCCAUCCUGUCCUCCACCCCCCGAGCCGAAACUUCCCCUGCGUUGCUUCAGAGCGUCCCUCCAAAGACUUUCUCCUUUCCAUACUUUGAAGGAUCCUUCCAGCCUUUUAUCAGAUCUUCCUAUUUUCCAGCCGCCUCCUCCGUGGUGCCCAUCCCUGGCACCUUCUCGUGGCCGCUGGCGGCCCGUGGCAAGCCCCGCCGUGGCAUGUUGCGUCGCGCCGUCUUCUCCGAUGUGCAGCGCAAGGCGCUGGAGAAGAUGUUCCAGAAGCAGAAGUACAUCAGCAAGCCCGACAGGAAAAAGCUGGCAGCCAAACUGGGCCUCAAAGACUCGCAGGUAAAGAUCUGGUUCCAGAACAGAAGGAUGAAGUGGAGGAACUCCAAAGAAAGAGAGCUCCUCUCUUCCGGUGGCUGCAGAGAACAAACCUUGCCCACCAAAUUCAACCCUCACCCAGACCUCAGUGACGUAGGCAAGAAGUGUUCAGGAGAGGAAGAGGAGGAAGUUCCUCCCAUGUGCCCACCCAGUCCCCGACAUCCCUUAACCUACCACCAGUCCCCAGAGCACCUACACUUGAGGGACAGACUGGAAUCCCAGAGGUCUCCCUCUCCAUCCCAUUCUAGCAGCCCCAGCAAACCUUCGGACUUCUCAGACUCAGAGGAAGAGGAUGAUGAUGGGGAAGAGGAAGAGGAGGAGAUAACAGUCUCUUAGAUCACCUGCCUGCCCCUACCAUCACAUAGGGACAUUGCAAAGAUGUAAAUAACACAAAGUGCUAUAAAUUGAAGAGGUGGUGUCCCUCCUGAAUGUCCACAUGGUCCUCCAGUGCUGGUUAUUUAUCACAUAGCCACAAGCCCUCCUACUCUUAGGUAUUCCGUAUUUGCCCAUGUGGUGGUUUUCAUAACCACAGCAUCUGUUAACCUUGUCAUAACUGUCUUUUCUUAGCAACCAAAAUUUGGUCAAUUAGCUACACACUCCUGAAAUAAAUCAACAGA